CAGGACUCCUUUCCAACAGACACAAACCAGAAGCCAGCUCUCUCCUUAACACCUGAGCCCACACUGCCUGCCCCUGAGAAAGAACUGAAAGGAGUCAAGUUUUCAGAGGUGGCAGUGAUUUUGGACCCAGAGCCCGGAGAUGAUGAGUCUGAGGACGAUGAACCUGGAGAUGAUGAGUCUGAAAACGAUGAGUCUGGUGAUGAUGUAUCUCUCUGAUAAGAACACUCCAUGAAGAACAUUUUUAGAAAAACCACAAUGAGACUCAUUGGAACAGCUCAGAAUUAAAUGAGCAAUAAGAAUAUGGGAAUGUUAUCCAGAUUUUAAUUUUGUUGCUGUUUUAAGGAUGGAUGAGGAAGAGAACAAGCAAUAUGAGGGAAGGGCUGCAGUGCUGAGCUGCAGGGCUGCUUUCCCAGCAGCAGCGCUGUCUCACUGUGUAUUUAAUUUCUUCUGGCACGUGUCAAAGACAAGACAAUAAACCCGAUUCCAGAGGCGCUGCCUUGUCAUUGCUUCAGAUCGAGUAAUUCGGGGACAUCAAUUCCGUUCCUUUGCGCAGAAUCGUCCGCCGCAGCGUCUGAAAACCAGAGUCUGUUUUCUAAUUUUCCUGUUCUCCUCCAUAUUUUUUUUGUACAGUGAAAGAGUCUGGUGAGAAACAUAAGGGAUCUGUUGAAAUUCCUAACCUGUCAGAAGAAAAUGAGGUAGAUGAUACAGAGAUAAAUGUUAGCAAGAAGAAAGGGGAAGGUGAUGUGCUGAAGGAGCUGAUGAGAACUGAAGGAACCACCAAAGUCAGAGAGGCCCUGAGGGACUACCUGAAAGCACUUAAAACAGAGUUCACCUUGGGAAUGAUCCUGCCCACAAAAGCCGCUGUAGGUCAGGAGCUGGCCAUGGAGCGCAAAGCAGGCGGGAGCCCUGUGCAGGACUCUGUUACACCACAGGCUCUGGAUAUGGUGGGAGUAAAAAUUCCAACGGUGAGGAUACACAUGAGGGAAGUCUUCAACUCUCCAGCUGAUAAACUGUACAGCAUCUUCACAAAGAAGGAAUUGGUACAGAAAUUCUCCAAGUGCCCAGCUGUGAUUGAAGCAGAGAAAGGAGGCAAACUCCAGAUGUUUGAGGGCUGUGUCAGUGGUGAAUACACAGAACUGGUGCCAAGCCAAAGGCUGGUCCUGAAGUGGCGGUGUAGGAGCUGGCCUGAGGAACAUUAUGCAACUGUGGCCUUGACCUUCCAGGACCUGGCGGCUCAGUCGGAGCUGGAGCUGGAGUGCAAAGGGGUUCCUGUCUCCCACGAAGAGAGUACAAGACAAUGCUGGAAGAAGCAAUAUUUUGAAGAAAUACAUCUUUUACUGCAGCAAUCAAAAGACAGCAUGGAAUGAUAACAGCACUGUAGUUUUGUUAGGGCAUUACUUUUUAUACUUUGUUAACAUUUGGUUUUCUAAAAAAAGAAAAAAUAUAAUUUAUUUGUGGGAAGAAUAAAGACCCACUUCUAUGAGACUGUACAUAGUUUAAGCACUAUUUAUGGGUUUUUAGGGAAUGAGAGGCAAGUCAGACUGUGUACAUCCACAGCUUUACCUGGGGACAGUGAUCUCUGUUCUGCUUGCUUGGAACUUGAGAGUGACAAUGAUCCACUUGCACUGAGCCCUGCCUUCAGAGGCAGGAGAGAUACACCAUCAGUAGAAGCAUUUCCAGUUCCUUACUGUUCAGUGUAUCAAGUGGCAGAAUGAAAUCCCUGGAGGAGACGGAGUUCCCAGCAGAGGUGAGCUGCAAGGGAUUACAAAACUGCUGAUCCAUUUCAACAAUUGGGGGUGUCAUUUACAGCCUCUGUGGAAUACUUGCUAGGUGCUUUUAACUGCAGACUGUUUGCAGCUGCAGUGUUAGGGAAGAUAAUUAACAAUGUCAUGUAAUUAUUAGGCCUGCAUGCACUGUACUCCCUCCCUUGACCUCGGUGUGACAUUUAUUUAGGAAGAAACAAACAGUAGUAGUGCUUUCUUUCUGCAGUUCUGUAAAACCUAAAACCUUCCACUGAAAUGAUUCACAGCCCUCUGCAAUGCUGUACCUCAAAGACAACAAGUGUAAAGAGAAUUUUGACAGGAACAGAUUGUAAUUCCUAAUACAACCAUCUCGAGGUGAGCAAGGAUGACUUAGGUCUCAGAUGCUUUAUAAAUAAAGUGUACAAAUGAAAUAUGCAAUCUGAAACAAUCUGACCACAACAGGGCAGGCUGCUUUUGGAAAACAUGCUUGGCUCAAUAAAAAUAUGACUUUACAUCAA